CGGAUCAUGUUACAAUUACGAUAUUAAUAAAAUAUUUCUUUUUAUGUAGAUGACGUGGAUAGUUAAUCGACCGUCCACUGUAUCUUCUCAGUGAUACCCAGCACUUCUCACGAGUCACGACCACCCCCACCUCUCGACUCGAACCAUCUCACCGAAGUCUCGACCCCUUCCAAAAUCUCUAAUCCCAUUUCGAAAUUCAAAUUCACUUUCGUUUCAUGAUUUUGAUCUCCUGAGCCCUCAUGGAUCCUCACCCUUCCUUAACCGGAAGGUCCAUCGGAAACAGCAACCGAUCCAGCUUAGAUCUCGGCCACUCUUCCUCCUCUUCAUCACAUUCACCCUUAACCAAAUCGAUCUCCGACGCAAGCAGCCAAAGCCUCGCCUCGAUCCUCAACAACCCGCACGUCGGCAAAUCCGGCGUCUACGGCACCGACGCCUCCUGGGUCGGCUGGUGGUCAUCCUCCGUAUCCCCCUCCGAGUUCUCCCCCCUCGCCGCAACAAAGCUCCCCGGCUCGGACCUAACCAGAUCCGACUUCAACACCUACCUCUCCUCCAUCUCCGACUCCCACAACAGAUUCGAAGACAUCAUAAACCACACUAAAGAGGAAUCGAGCUCCGACCUCGAUCAGGAGCGCCACGUGUCCGGUCUAGCUUCCUGCCUCCGCGAGGUCCCUUCCCUCUACUUCAAGGAGGAUUUCGCGUUAGAGGACGGAGCCACAUUCCGCUCCGCGUGCCCCUUCUCGAGCUUGAACGAGAAUCUAGCGCUUCAGGAGAAGUUAUCGCAGUAUCUCGAUGUUGUGGAGAUGCAUCUCGUGAAGGAGAUCUCGGUGAGGUCCGAUUCGUUCUUCGAGGCGCAGGGACAGCUGGAGGAUUUAAAUGUGAAGAUCGUCGAGGGGUGUGGGAGGAUCCGUGAGUUGAAAGAGACGAUUCGGGUGAUCGAUAGGAGUUUGGUGGAGUCGGCGAGGCGGAUUCAGGAGCUGAGCUCGACUAGGGUUAAUUUGUUGGAGCUGCAGCGUAAAUUGAGGGUUAUUUUGUAUGUUAACCAAGCUCUCACUGCACUCAAAUUGCUUGUUGCGUCUGCAGAUUGUGCUGGGGCUUUGGAUAUAACUGACGAUCUUCAGAACUUGUUGGCUGGAGAUGAGCUAACUGGUCUACAUUGCUUCCGUCAUCUUCGUGAUCAUGUUACUAUUUCCAUUGAUUCCAUAAACAGUAUUCUCACAGCAGAAUUUAUGCGUAUCUCAAUACACAAUACUGGGGAAAUAGAUGUACUGAUCCUAUCUUCAGCAAAAAAACGGGGAUCCAUUUCAUCUAACCAGGAGACCGGUGAUGAAGUUAAGCUAGAAGAAGAAGAAGAUACGUCUACCUUAUGUGAUCGGCUUCUUCCUCUAGUAAUUGGAUUGCUAAGAACGGCAAAGUUCCCCUCAAUUUUGAGGAUGUAUCGUGAGGCACUAACAUCUGAAAUGAAAAAUGCAAUCAAGAACGCAGUUGCUGAGCUGCUUCCAAUUCUUGUUGCAAGAUCGCUGGAGUCUGACUUUUCACAUGGGGAGCGCUCAGUAGAUGUUGAUGGUGGUGGCUUAUCUCUCGCAAGCAAGUUGAGGACUCUGUCAUCGGAGGCGUUUGUUAAUCUCUUAACUGCUAUAUUUAGGAUUGUUCAGGCACAUCUCGUCCGGGCUUCGGAAGUGAAAAAAGCAAUUGAAUGGAUCCUCUGCAAUAUCGAUGGACAUUAUGCAGCUGAUUCCGUUGCAGCUGCAAUUGCUGUUGGUGCUAUAGCGGCCGAAUCAGCCCAGGAAUCAGGUUUCCAAAGCGGACAGGUAGUGUCUUCUCCAUUGGGUAAGACUACCUCAAAGACCCCUUCAUUGCAGAGAAAAUCAAGCGACGCAACAAACUUGAUGAACAUGUCAAGAAACUUCAGGGCCGAUGUCUUGAGAGAAAACACAGAAGCUGUCUUUGCGGCCUGUGAGGUUACUCAUGCUAGAUGGGCAAAGCUACUAGGAGUCCGUGCUCUUCUUCAUCCAAAAUUGAAAUUGCAGGAGUUCAUGAGCAUUUAUGAUCUCACCCAAGAAUUUAUAACAGUUACGGAGAAGAUUGGCGGACGGUUGGGAUCUAGUAUACGUGGGACGCUGCAAUCACAAGCCAAAGCCUUUGUAGAUUCCCAGCAUGAAGCUCGGAUGACAAAACUAAAAGCCGUGCUUGAUCAAGAAACAUGGGAUGAGAUAGAUGUUCCCGAAGAAUUCCAAUCCAUAAUCAGUUCCCUUUUUGCAUCCCAGGAGUUGAUUUCUGGGAAAGGUGAUGAUGCUGAUAUUAAAACACACAGAAACCCGCUUCCUCUCAAUGGGUCUCUCACUUCAGGAACUGAAGAUCAAAGUACUGUAUCACGAAACGAAAAAUCGGAAUCUAGUGAAGGUGCUGCAGGUAGUAACGCACAAGUGAAAUCUACAGUCAAGGCUGGUUCUGUUACGAAUAAUCAAAGUAAUCAGAAGGCGCACGGAAAAUCUAACCUUUUCUAUCAAGGAGUUGGUUACCACAUGGUAAACUGCGGGUUAAUAUUGCUCAAGAUGUUGUCAGAAUACAUUGGUAUGAACAAUUCUUUGCCAGCUUUGUCCUCGGAAAUUGUUCUUCGUGUUGUUGAAGUGUUGAGAUUUUUCAACACUAGAACAUGCCAACUUGUUUUGGGUGCUGGUGCUAUGCAGGUGUCUGGUUUGAAGUCUAUUAAGGCAAAACACUUGGCGCUUGCAAGUCAAGUAAUCGACUUCACUUACACUAUUAUUACUGAAUCCAGAAGAAUUAUGUUUUCAAAAGUACCUGAGACUAGAAAGCCACUAUUGUCGGUAGAGAUUGAUAAAGUUGCUCAGGAUUAUAGGGUUCAUCGAGAUGAAAUAUACACAAAACUAGUUCAGAUAAUGAGAGAGAGGCUAUUGGCGCAUCUUCAUGGGUUGCCUAAAGUUGUUGAGGGGUGGAACAGACCGCCAGACACCAACAAACAAACUAAAGAGUUUGCGUGGCCACUCACGAGGGAAGUUGGCUACCUUCACCGUGUCUUGUCCGAGACACUGCAUGAAGCGGAUGUCCAAGCAAUCUUUAGGCAGGUGAUUUUGAUAAUUCACACACAAACUUCCCAAACGCUGGCCAACAUGGAGAUAAGCUCUCCAGAGGCAAAGAAAAGGUUGAAGCUUCACGUUGAGCUUAUCCUCAAAUGCAUCAGAUCGUUACCAUCCGACAAUACCAACCAGUCAGGCAUCCCAAAUUGGGGGCAACUAGAUGAAUUCUUUGCACAACACUUUAGAGAAGAAGAAGAAGGAGGAGGAGGUGAAGCUGAGUGAUGAAGUCGUGUCAUUGUACAGCAAAAUUGUUUCUUCUCACUUCCUUUAUAAGUAAAAAGAAUCAGAGUUCGAGUAUGAGGAUGGAUAACGUCCUGUAGAUUUAGCUUACAGCUUCAAAUUGCAGGUACUACAGUUGCGGUCUCAUAUAAAAGAUAUAUCAAACUAUGGUUUGUUAUCGCUUUCCUUGAUAUCUCUUUUCUUAUUCUCUUUUGACCCGAUUUGUAAAAGUCACGAGUGAUUGAACUAGAGUUUUUGAGAGAAGUAGAUUUUUAGACGUACAUAUAUGUUUCAGUGGGAGAACAUUUUCAUGUGCUUUACUAUAUCCAGUACUUUCAUUUUAACAAAGAAAUCUAAUGUCAA